UCACUUGUCAACGUCAAUUGCCAUUUGUCAAUGGUCGCUGUUUGAUGUCAAAAGAAUGAUGCCUCGGAUUCAAAUGAAUUUUAGAAAAAUCAUUAUAUAACUAAUAAAAUAUAUUAGGAUAUUCCAAUCUAUUCUUCCCUUGUUUUUCUUUGUUGACUGUUUAUAAGGACAAUGUUUCCCGAAUAUUCAAAUUUGCUGGUGAAAUAAUUAAUUUAUAUAACGAGCGAGGAUGGAUGCUGGAGGCGACAGAGUCCUCCAUUCGACUAAUGUAGCCGUGAUACGUGAAGUGUACGAUCAUGAAUAUUCCCAAGACUUUUUUUCAAUGGAAUUGGAAAAAGCCUUAGAAAGCUGCUGUACGGUAAUUGUUAUAGAACCCACGAAGCUAGGCGAUGAGACAGCUCGCUGGAUUACCUUCGGUAACUAUUUGCACAAAACUGCAGUUAUAUCGGGAUUAACUUCUAUUAUAUCAGGUUUCGCAUGGCCUGAUAAUUUUGCUCCGCAAGCACCACUAAGUAUUCUUUCAACUUUAUGUGCUGGAUUGUAUACAGCUUCUUGGCAGUUUGAUCACUGUGUUAAAUACCAGGUGGAGAAGGAUAUAAGAAGAUUAGCAAGAAUGCCGAUAUUAGGGGCAUUAACAGCAUCUUCGCCUGUAGUGUUGGUUCGUAAAGACGAUACGAAGCGCAAAAUUCUACAUAGCAGCGUCGCCCUCAUUGCCGCUUCCCUUUGCGUCUACAGGCUGUAUCGUACGAUAAGAUAGAUCAUUUUUCGAAUAGUACGUAGAAGACGAGUUGUUAGAACAUGCUGCAUUUAAUGGGCAUUUGCGGAAUUUUAUUUGAAUUCUUUAAAACCAUUGAUGUAGAGACAAAUGUUACUAAAUUACUUCUGUAUUUUUUUAAAGUCGAGAU